AUGCCACACUGGGCUCGACCUUCGUUUCCUCUCUGGGAAGAUGACCCAGUCUCGUCAGAAUCCUUGCCAUCACCCCAGAGACCCGAACGUUCAAAUGUGUCCGCCGUGAAUACGGAUGAAGAGCGCGGGAUGAGUGUUGACAGGGAUCACUCCGAGGAAGAAGAAGUUGUGGAAGCGCUCAACGAAAACGACGAAGUCGACGUCAGAUCCAUAUUGCGCGCAUACCUCAUAUACAAGAAACUUAUCAAGCAUAACGCGAAAGAUCCCCGUAAAAAUGAUGCUUACGGCGUCCCGAUCCCAUCCUACCCACCAUCUCCUGAGGAAUCUGUCGUCAAGUUGUACAUUGAAAUGCAAACAAGCACAGGCCCCGAUCCGAAAAACCUGUUACUACUCUGGUCGAGUCCCAUGUCGCACCCAUGGAAUCAACAGGUACUCAACCUUCUUCUUGACGACCUUUCAAACUACGUCAAGGAUAAAGCACUACUCCAGCUGACUCAGCUCGCUGAAAGGAGCAUCGGGGCCGACACAGACGUGUUGGAACUCUUUGACGGGAUUGUAUCCCCUGCUAGUGUCAAGCAUAUACUGGAGAAGAAGCUGGAUAACUGUCGACAAAGAAUACAGACUAGUAUGAGGAAGGUAUACAGAAUGCAGAGGCCGACAGAUACAUCUACCCCGCUGACAGAUAAUGAAAUACGCGCUGAGAUGUGCAAAGGGAACCUUGAGCUCGCUCAAACCAACCGGCGAAGAGAGCGAAGGAAUUUAAGAUAUAUUCGUCGAUAUGAGAUUAUUGAAGAGCAGUUAAUGCUCGCAGUAGACGAUGACGCCCGUGAUUUUUGGAGGUCAAUUCAAGCGUUAUAUACCCACUUCACCCAUAAGGACACAAGCUCCGACGAAUCUGAGGGAGAAUGUCGUCCCCCGUUGGUAAAAAGAGUAAGGCGGAUUAGACGGGGUUGGAUAUCACCAUCUGUAUCUGCGGUGUUUCAUUUUGUUGACAAACAUUAUACUCCAGAAUACAUCACCGGGAUGAAAAAGCGCGGAGCAGCGCCUCUGCCUCGAGAGGUAGAGUCAGACAAGGUCGAUGAACGUUCAAAGCCGACCCCUGAGCUUCCUAUAAAUUUUUAUUCGUCCGAUCUACCACCUCUAGUCCUCAAAGCAUUGCGGCCAAGACCAAAAUUUCCAAUUCCCAAAGUAGUAGACAAUCUAGAUACUGGAAUCAAGACGGGGUUUGGUGGUGCUGACGGUCAUCUAGGUCAUAUAUUUUGCGAAGGCUGUCUGAGAAAUCAUUGGGUCCACAAUGCUACUGCUUCACGAAGCCUGUUAUGUCCUGCCUGUCGCGAUGAAAUCAUUCAACCGAGAGAGUCUGUGGACUGUAUCCGGAAGGUGUUCAUUAUAUCCACAGAUUCUGUGGCCAAUUCACAUACGGCACAGGAGGAAACUCGCUUCUUGCGCGAAACUCUGGAGAAAAUAAAAGAGGAGAAGGAAUUAGUUCUCCAAGAGCUGGCUUCCGCUCGUACUGAACAGGCCCUCACAAACCAAAGGUUAAAAGAUAACCUUUUCAUCGCGAAGCUAAAAGACGCCCAAAUACAGCAGAUUCAGCACCAACUGGAACAAGCUCACGAUGCAUUGAAUCGUAGUUCAUUGGAGACAGCUACACGCGAAGCUCACGCAAACAACGAAAUCAGGAAGCUGCGACAGGAAAAUGCAACACAUAAGGCAGUCAUUGAAGAGAUAAAAGGUAAAAACAAGGGUCUCGAGAGCGUGAUCGAGGAUCUGCACAAGAAAAUAAAGGACCAGCAGAUUCACAUUGCUAAUAUGCAAAAAAACGAGGGAGGGAGGGACACUGGUGGGCUAAGGACCUCCCAUAUCAAGAAAGGGUGUCCGAUUGAAGGGGGGCACGAUCUCCCAGAUGUAAAACGUAGGCUUGAUUUUUGUCAGCCAGGAACACCCACUUCUCCGACCCUCAUUUCAAGGAGCGCAACAGAUGCAAGCUCAGCAUUGGAAGAUGCGGCCCAUCCGGAUAUGGGUACCCGAGAGAACAUGCGGUCCCAGAUUGCAUCCCAGAACGCAACGGAUGUCACCAAUUUUCUGGAGCUGGAAGUAACGCCCACUACAGACAAUUCACAUGCAUGUAUUGCCAUUUUUGGUGCAGGGAACCACAACCCAACAACAAAGGUAUUGAGCAAUCCGGGAACUGGUCCAACUUUGUCGAGCACGUAUUCGUUGCCUCGUGCUGGUGAAUCCUCGAAUGAUCCACAGAUGGCCACCACCCUUUCAUCGAGCGGGGAUGCGCAAGUGACACAGAAAAGACGAGCACAGAAAAAAAACCUCGUGGGGCACGCGAAGGAGGCGCAAGGGACAUACGGGAAAUAG